ACCUGAAUCUGAAUGUAAUUGACAAACCAUAAAAAGACGACGAGCUCCAUGACAAUUGACAAACAAUUGGACGAGCAGCCACCUAACGAAUGAUAAAAAGGAUCAGCCGCCCGAUUUAAGUCAACCAAGCUAGCUAGUACAAGAAGAUAAGGCACCGAACCCCCCUAACUACCUGUCUUUCCCGGCAAUUAUUAAACUAAACACAGCUACCUCUAAAACUUUGGUGGCACUACUUCAUGCUCAACAUUGUAGCUAGUGUCUGUUAUUCUCUUCUCUGAGUAGAAGCCGAGGACUGAGGAGGAGGAGGUUGAUCGGAAUGAGCCAAGCGGCGCCGGGCAUGGAUUGCAUUUACAAAGACCCCAACGCACCCGUAGAGGAUCGGGUCAAAGACCUUCUUUCUCGAAUGACAUUGGAAGAGAAGGUGGGCCAGAUGACUCAGAUUGAGCGCCGCGUCGCCCAACCCAACCCCGACCUCAUCAAACACCUCUGCAUCGGGAGUAUUCUCAGUUCUGGUGGCAGUGGACCCAAAGACAAUGCAUCGGCUAAGGAUUGGGCCGAUAUGGUUGACGAGUUUCAGCAGAAAGCGCUUGAGUCGCGGCUCGGGAUACCGAUUAUAUAUGGGAUUGAUGCGGUUCAUGGUCACAACAGUAUCUGUAACAAUGGUAUCUAUGACAAUAGUAUCCGUGGCGCCACCAUAUUUCCUCACAAUGUUGGCCUUGGAGCUUCCAGGGAUGCAGAUUUGGUUCAAAAGAUUGGGGAAGCAACAGCACUUGAAGUUAGGGCAACUGGCAUUAACUAUACUUUUGCUCCAUGUGUGGCUGUAUGCAGAGAUCCCAGAUGGGGAAGAUGCUAUGAAAGUUACAGCGAAGACACUGAAAUUGUUAGAAAGAUGACAUCCAUUGUCACGGGCUUGCAGGGAAAGCUGCCUGAUGAACACCCAAAAGGCUACCCUUUUAUGGCUGGGAGAAACAACGUUAUUGCUUGCGCAAAGCAUUUUGUAGGAGAUGGGGGUACUGAAAAGGGAAUAAAUGAGGGGAAUAGCAUAUCGUCUUAUGAGGACCUAGAGAGGAUCCAUAUGGCACCUUAUCUGGACUGUAUUUCUCUGGGAGUUUCCACUAUUAUGGCAUCCUAUUCUAGCUGGAAUGGGCGUAAACUGCAUUCUGACCAUUUCCUCUUGACAGAAAUUUUAAAAAAGAAGCUAGGUUUUAAGGGUUUUGUAAUUUCUGACUGGGAAGGACUUGACCGACUGAAUGCACCGCAUGGCGAAAACUAUCGUGACAGCAUUUCCUCUGCUGUUAUGGCAGGAAUAGACAUGGUGAUGGUGCCUUUUCGAUACGAAUUAUUUGUGAAGGAUUUGGUCUCUCUGGUUAAAGAAGGGAAGAUACCAAUGGAGAGGAUUGAUGAUGCUGUUGAACGAAUACUUAGAGUGAAGUUUGUUGCUGGUCUUUUUGAAUUUAAUUCCUCAGAUAGGCCUUCCCUCGACACAAUUGGUUGCAAGUUGCAUAGAGAUCUAGCACGUGAAGCAGUCAGAAAGUCAUUAGUUCUUUUGAAAAAUGGCAAGGAUCCUAAGAAAAAUUUUCUUCCACUAGACAGAAAUGCGAAAAGAAUUCUUGUUGCUGGAACACAUGCUGAUGAUCUUGGAUAUCAGUGUGGAGGGUGGACAUCUGACUGGUUUGGAAAAAGUGGCAAAAUUACAAUUGGCACAACCAUUUUGGAUGCUAUUAAAGAAGCAGUGGGUGACGAAACAGAAAUAAUUUAUGAGAAAGAGCCAACGGCAGACACCUUAGCACGUCAGGAUUUCUCUUUUGCAAUUUUAGCUGUAGGUGAAAUACCCUAUGCAGAGACCCCUGGUGAUAAUCUGGAGGGGCUAGUACUCCCCUUAAAUGAAGCUGACAUAAGUUUAGUCACCAGCAAUAUUCCCACAUUGUUGAUUGUGGUAUCUGGAAGACCCUUAGUUUUAGAGCCAUGGCUUUUGGAAAAGACAGAUGCACUUAUUGCUGCUUGGCUGCCUGGAAGUGAAGGAGGGGGAAUUGCUGAUGUCGUCUUUGGGGAUUAUGACUUCAAGGGCCGACUACCGGUUACAUGGUUUAAACAGGUUGAACAACUACCUUUGCAUAUUGGAGUCAAUUCGUAUGAUCCUUUAUUUCCACUUGGCUUCGGUUUGACAUACAAAGAGGAAAAAUCUCUAAACUGAUUAGUUGUACAAUCACCUAUGCAGAACAGCUCGUCCAUGAAUAGAUUUUCCAUUGGUAUCAAAGUUGUCAGUACUUCAUAUAUGAACAGCCGCAUACCCACUAGCUUAUAGUUAUUACCUUCUAAACAAUGCAUGAGCCCCACCUAUGCUCUUUGCUGAAGAUGAAUUAUAUGGUUUGUUGAAUAAGGGUAAGCCACUUGGCCGUGUUCAGCUGUUUAUAUGUGGGAUGUGCAGUGAGGAUGGAUACGUCAUGGUAGAUUGUUAUUGGGUCUCAUCUAUUACUGCCUCACAUUCCCUACAUACUUUCAAGAUAUCAACUAAUCUUAUGAAUAAUGGCAUCCAUUCUGUUUUAUUUGUCU